AUGUCCUGUCGUAACCUCAGCAGCGAAAUAAAGGCACAUCAAGAUAGAGUACACUUUUUGCAAACGGAAUUGAAAAAUGUCUUGAAAGAACGCAAAGACUAUCUCUUGCAAAACAACGUCAAUGGAGAGAAAAAGAAAUGGAUCAAUAAGCGUGCUGAACCAUCACAGCAGCAAGAGUCCGAGCAUAACAACCAGUUGUACCAAAGGAUAGAACAGAUAAAUGCGCGUAAAGCUGAAUUCAAUACAAGAAUACGCAGAAUGAAAGAGGUAUUAUCAACCGAAAGAGCAAAUACCUAUCUUAAGCGAAAACAACUUGUUUUGCCAAGUACAAAGGCCAUAUAUGGAAGAACUCCUAACCAAGUAACGAUUACUACAAAUAUUUAUUGA